CCCGCGGCGGACACACACACACACGGCGGACGCGCUUCCAGAAAGAGACAGACGCGGAGCCGACUUGUUGUUUUCAUUCUCACGGAGUAGUCGCCUGAUUUUUGUGGUGAUUUCUUGGUGGAACCCGGAUGAUUUCGCACCGUCUCGGGACUUUUUUGCGUUUUUUCCGCUUUUUUGCACUUACCCUUCGCUUGGUGGAGGGAUGAAUUUGGACCGAGUAGCCCCCUCCGCCGCUCCACCGCCGCCUUCGCAGCCUCCCCCUCCGCAGCCGCAGCCACAGCUCUCACACGCCCGGGACAUGGGGCACUUUCACCUGGGUCGGAGCGCGAACAACCGGCGCGACACCGUGGAGCACUCCAGCAGCGAGUCCUCGGACACGGAGCUGCAAGAUAAGGAGCGCAGUGUGGAGCUCCGCGCGGAUGACGGUGGCGCAGACGACCCGAAAAAGAAGAAGCAGCGGCGGCAGAGGACGCACUUCACAAGCCAGCAGCUCCAGGAGCUGGAGGCCACGUUUCAGCGGAACCGUUACCCGGACAUGAGCACGCGCGAGGAGAUCGCGGUGUGGACCAACCUGACCGAGGCACGGGUCCGGGUGUGGUUCAAGAACAGACGCGCCAAAUGGCGGAAGCGCGAGCGGAACCAGCAGAUGGAUCUGUGUAAGAACAGUUACCUGCCGCAGUUCGGGGGCCUCGUGCAGCCCUAUGACGACAUGUACCCCGCGUACACGUACAACAACUGGACCAACAAAGGACUCGCGCCCGCGCCGCUCUCCACUAAGAACUUCCCUUUCUUCAACUCCAUGAGCCCGCUUACGUCACAGUCCAUGUUCUCCGCGUCGCCCAACUCCAUCUCUAUGACCAUGGCGUCCGGGAUGGGCCACUCCGCCGUGCCCGCCAUGGCCGCACCGGGACUCAACAACAUCAGCAACCUGAACGGCAUCGGCACGUCGGGCAUCAACUCCGCCAUGACGUCAUCGGCGUGCCCGUACGGCCCCCCGGGGUCUCCGUACAGCGUGUACAGGGACACGUGCAACUCGAGUCUGGCCACGCUGAGACUCAAGUCCAAACAGCACCCUCCGUUCAGCUACAGCGGCCUGCAAAGCCCGGGCACGAGCCUGGGCACGAGCCUCAACGCGUGCCAGUACAACAGCUGACCGGGCGCGCGCCCCUCUGACGCGGACACGCGCCACGCACACCAAACUGGAUUAGUCACUUUCCCACCAACAGAGACAGACGUGGAAUAUGCGGGUUUAAUGCGUUUACCAGCCGUGGAUUUCUAAUGAAGGCGUGUUACAUUGUACAUAACCUCCUGUAUGUCUAUAAUGUAAAUAUGGCCGUGUCACGUGACCGGGAGGAUUCUGACCAAUCACAGAGGGACAUGUUCUCAGCACGUGUCGCGUUUUCUUUGUACAUUUGUUUAAUUCUUGUGAAGUUUGGGCUUUGGGGGCUACUGGAAAACUGGUGACACGCUGCACAUUUGCCAUAAACUCUUUACAUGAAACCGUCCAAGAGUCAACAUUUACUUAUUGUUUUUGUUUUUUGAAAUAAAGAUCAACCUUUGUUACCCAUCCUCUAUGCAGCUCUCAUCGGCACACUGUCAUUUGACCCAGUGGGACGGGUAUUGUACAUAAAACGCUUCUGUCUGCAGGGGGCGCUGUCUCUGGCCCCGCAUGUUUUGUACCAUGACGAUGUUGAUGCUUAAAGUGUAACAGUCCAUGAGGUGAUUCUUGUGUUCAUCGUAAAUAUCUUUGUUUGAAUAA